AUGUGGGGUGGAGGUCAACCCCCACUGGUGGCACUAAGUGCACCAGCGACGGACCUUACAUCGGUCCAGGUGCAGUGGAGGGCAGGGGAUCCCUCCAUCGGCACGGACCAAAACGCGCUUACGCUUGCACUUAGUAUUGAGGCUUCUGUAGACGGAGGGAAAGAGUGGCACGGGAUAACAGGUGGCGAUGAGGCGGUAGAUGUUGCCCUUGCCCACAAGGCAUCGCCAGGCUCGUCACAGCAUCGGUACCCGGUGUCGCUUCUCGCCUUGCGCAGGAAAACGGAGCCCCGGCGGAAAGCAUUGGAAGGUCGAUCUCAUGAUGCCAUUCCUGCAGUUACACACGUCCGACUCAAAAUGAGAAGGGCGCUAGGCGGCAGACCGGGCGGGGCGCUGAGUAUCUACGACGUUGCGAUCAAUGCCCGAGACCCCUCUGCCAGCCCGUCGGAUGUGAUGACGGUACUGCGCGAGCUGCAGACGUUCUUGCUCGCCCGGCAUUCGCGGGACGAGGCGGCACUUCAGGAUUACAUUUUGCGGGCGCUGCUUGGUGUGUGCCAGGCCUCCUGCGCCCUGGAGUUCGAGCUGGACCUCGUCCGAGUGUACAUGGACAUGGAGAAUUCUAGCAGUCCGAGUCUGCUGGGGGAGGAAAAAUGCGGCGGCGAGUCUACGAGCGGCGCGGCAAGAAACCAGACCGACAAGCUUGGGCGAACGGAAGGGCUGCAGGCGUUCGUGUCAACUCUCUUGUCAGCUGCGUCUCGCGCAAAACGUCAAGCGUGCCGCCAGGAUCGGGAACGAGUCAUUCGUGACGCGGCUUUCGACCCAGCCCUGUCGUCCAAAUGGGUUGUGGUGAGCGAAGAGGGGCAGCUGGUUUCCAGCGCAGCGGACAACGGUUAUAGUCAUAGCCUCCUUCACCAGUGCUUGCGCCGAGGGACGUGGUCUUGGGAACUUGCCUUGGAACGAGAGAGCAGCGGCGACGAGACCACCUGCGUAGGUGUGGCGGUCAACCCAGUGACGAACUCCUGCUACGAAGACUCCCAUCAGAUGUGGAUGGUCCGUUGCUACAGCGGAGAAACAUACAGCAAUGGUGGACGCCGCAAUCGCAUGACCCGAAAAAUCCAUCCGCUGGAUUCGGUACGCCUGACACUAAACUGCGAAUGUGGCACGCUUUCUUUGGAGGUCAACGGGGUGGACCAAGGCGUGGUUUUCUCAAACGUACCGCCGGAAGUUCACCCGGCGGUAUGCUUCUAUGGGGUCGCCAAGUCGGUUCGGCUGGUAGAGCUGAAGCGUAUCUUCGGAGAGGGCGAUGACGAUGUGUCAGACAGCGACGAUGAGAUUGACGCAGAAGCGACGCCGACCCCACCGGCUGCGCAGCACGAACACCAGCCAUCAGCAGAAACUGUGGCCGACACUGGUGACGGUGGUGACGGCGAUGCGUCUGUCAGUCCGGCCCAAGAUGUUCGUGCGAAAAAGGAGGCCUGCGUCGAUGCAGAUGGCGUGUCGCCGGAGCCACUAGACAAAGCAAGUAGGCAGAAGACUGCACGGCGCGAGGCAGAAGAUGUCGCGUCAACCAUUCGGGCCGCCACAGCUGCCGCACCGUCAGCGGGCCUCCUUGCCAGCCUGGCGAACGUCGCUCAGUGGUACGUUCCACACGAUCAAGAAGGAGACCAGCUGGGGCCCGCGGAGCACGGGCCUGGCCGUCACGGAUUAGGGCGAAGCAGCAUGACACCAGUGCCGGGCUCUGACCCUGUGGCGCAGAGGUUUCCAGCACCGGGGGCUGGGGUGAUGUCCGGAGUGAGGUACCGCCCGACGCUGGAUCAGGACGGCAUCUGGGGUGAGUGCCAAAUUAAGAGCCUAUGCGGCUCCAUGUACUGUGACGUUAGAGAAAACGGAGUACUUGGCUCCCAUCUACUCAAGCUCAUGGUUUUCCAGGGUGUCUCAUUUCGCGCUGCCGCUGUUGGUCUCCUCGCUGUCUACAACCUUGGCAGUACCAACCCGAACGAUCUGUUCAUGGACUUCAGUCUGGCUGUGCGGCAGAGCAGCAGCGGCUUGUUCAGCAGCAUGAUACCGGGUCGGCCGGUGCCGGCCAGAAGAACGUCCACCACAGCGGCCGGGACCAGAACCGCCCGCAGCAUUUUUGCGAGAGGGGAGGUGGCCGAGCACAGGCGAGUGCCAGCCCCAGCUACGACUACUGCCGUUGGCGUCGAGGCUCCCUCGCGUAGAAAGGGCAAGCCGCUUGCGCUGGAGGAGCCGUACAUUAUCCAGCCUACCGCGGCUGUUUUCCAAAAGCUUUACGCGCUACUUGUGAGGUCCCUUGCCCGACUUGAUGACGGUACGGAUGCCGACAAGACAUCUACCGCAUCAUCGAUCCUGUCGCUCCUUCAGAUCAUGCGCGCCAACUUCUGCCGCCUUGUAGACGCACACGUGGAUCCAGCGGAAGUCGGACUGUUGCUGAACUACCACAGGCAUGGGGUUGGGGCGGCUUCAGAGGCUUCGGAGCAGAGUGGAGACGAGAAGCUCUUGCCAGACAUUUUGCACUGUCUGCAAGGUAUCAUGCUUAAGCAGGACGGCGAUCCAUCACUUUUGAAGGCCACGGUCGACACUUUUACCAGUGGCCUUCCUCUCUUGAUGCCACUUGUGCAGAACCGGUUGCAUCUCCUGCUCGGAUUGGUGUGGCAUCUGCAGUCUAGCGCGGGGGUAGUUUGCGACGUACCUGAGGGACUGGGCGCUGCAGGGGACCUGCCCGACUUGACUUCCACAGGGCGCGAUGCAUCAACACCGUUGGCACAGGUUCCACCAGAGCGAGUAACUCUUUUACGAGAUCUAUUGACCCACUUCGCUCGAACAGAUUCUGUGUUGCAGCUGCUCACCCUGUUUGAGGAAGACGAGGCGGAGCGAAGUGCGGUUACAGAUCUGUUGGAAUUGAUGCUCACAUCCAUGGCCGACAGGGCAUGUCGAUGUGCCUCCCAACACGGGAAGGGAAACAGCGCCGGCAGCAGGUCGCGACCAGGCAGUGGUGAAUCGGACAGCGGUCCGAACAGCUACUGGGACCAACUGGUGGCCGGCGGGGCUGGAGGAACGACGCUCAGCUUCACCUUGCUCGACACAUGCCAGCAGCACCUUUUGUGCAUGGUCUUGGAACGGGAUUGCACUGGGAAUGAUCCAUACGAGCUUUUGCUGUGUCAAUAUGGCCAGUGCCUCCUGCAGGUGUGCUGCCGUGUGCUGAGCGCGGAGUGUCCAUGGACUGAAACCGAAGCCGAGAACGACGAAAGCCCGUGGUGGAAGCUGGUUGGCGCACUGCUCGCACCGUUCCUUCAUGGCCUCUGCAUGUGCGUGGACCGCCCCAGGGUUGCGGAAGGCAUGCUUCCGUCUUUGGUGCGUCUUUCGGAGGUGCUAUCUCACCGUAUCAGUAUAAUUCCCAGGGAGGCGGCGGCGGCUUCAUUCGCAGAAGAUAUUUUGCGGCGGACCCAGCUCACGAACCCUGAGGAAGGCCUUGCCUUAACUCCGUCUGGAUGGCAUCCAGUCCGGGCGUCCUUCGAAGUGGAUAAGGAUAGCAUGACAUCCUUUUCCAUAUCGGAGGACGGUCAGCUUUAUUCGGCACUGACCUCAAACAACACAUGCGCCCUUUUGGACGUCGGCGUAUCACACGGAAAGGCCGCAUGGGAAUUCCUGCUGGAAGAUGAUAGCCCCAGUGACGAGUGCUCCGUGUUUGGCAUCGCCACGAGGCCCCCGUACAGCCGUUGCUACAAUUCCAGCCAGUCUUUGUGGAUGAGGCGAGCGUACAACGGUGUUUUGUACAAUCGUGGACGCCAACUCCCUGCGGGGCAGAGCAUGUCCAAAAUACACCCUGGGGACGUGGUACGAUGCGAAGUCGACAUGGACGAAGGGACACUGAGAUUCAGGUUCGGACCCAACGGAGGGCUGGUUGCCAUCGACAAGAAGGCCAUGGAAAUGAAGAGGAUGGCCACAUCAUGCAGCCUGCAUCAAGCAUGGGCUCCUACUCGCCCGGCUGUGUCGAACGCGGCUGAUUCCCCCAGUGAAGCCAAAGCCGAACUCGAAGGUGAAGGUGGUUCUGACAACGACUCCGCUCCCUCGACCACAGCUGAGCUCUCACAAACUGCUGGUCCUCCAGGAUCGACGGGUAAGGAGGGCAUGACAUCGCCCGAUGCCCAUGCAGAUGUGGGAAGAGUUGAAGUGGCCGAUGUUGAAGCGUGGGACUGGGUGUCGGUGCGGGCAACGCGAGGAUUCGCCGCCCUCGAGGGCAAGCAUUCCGUAGAGAUGGAGGUGACACCGGUCGGAGCAAGAAGGAGGAGGGCGGUUGGCAGCACCAAGUCAAGCGGCAGCGAGGAUAGAAACACUCUCAGGAUCGUAGGGAGCUGGGGCUGGUGGACGGACGGAUCCCUGCGAGCGCACGGAAAAGUCUUCAUUCCGACUGAGGCUGCUGGUGAGACCCUUUACGGAUCGGAGUUUCUGCCGCUGAAGCCGUUGGAUGUGAUCACCAUGGUCACCGAUACUGUUGGAGGGACUCUUCGCUACCUCGUUAACGGAAUGGAUGCUGGCAUUGCUUUCGGACCGGCGGGGUCUGGGGCCGUCUGCGAGUUGCCUGAUGGGCAGGCGCCGUUUGAAUGGGAUGCCGGCACUGCAUUGUUUCCGUCGUGCAGCUUGACGAACGACAAGCAGAUGGUCCAACUUCGACCCGGAGGUACCCUGGGCACGCAGCUUUGGCCUCUAUCCGUCGACCUGCACAAGACGGUUGCAUCGCUCGUGGGCAGACUGUGCGCGACCUUGAUUGCAGGAACCCCCCAAGAUGGAGCGGAGACUGCCCUUGAGCCAUGGCUGCGAUCGCCGCUGCUCAGCGGGGGAGUGAAUGCUCCCGAGGACAUGGUGGGAGAGUCUGUGUGGCGACGUCUUGGCCACCGAUCGUGGGACCAGGCGUGGAGCGCAGAGCAGCAAGGCCGACUAGGUGAUGCGCGCCCUGCGAUGCCUCGCGCCGACUUUGAUCCCACCGUUGCGGAGAAGUUCGUGAGUGGCGAUACACGACCGCGGUCCGUGCCCGACGGCGGCAUUCGCCUCACAGCGCGGAUCGUGGAGGCGACGAAGAUGCCACAGGGGUUGGUUCUGUGGCCAGAUGCGCCAUGCGUUCGUCUGACUGCAACAGUUGACGGUCGAAGUGUCAGCUGCCAAGAGGAGCCUCUGACCGUUUCUAAACCAAGCUCACCGGUGACGUCUCGUGAAAGGGUAGAACUAGACCAAGAGGAAAGUUCCAAGACGCACGCCGAUAGCCGUCCAGGGCAGGGGGAAGUCGAGCUGGAGCUCCGCUGGCCGCAGAUGCAGGCGCUGAUCGAUGGCGCCGACGAGGACGAGUACCUCCCCGCUUUGGCGCUCCGAGCAGAGGUAUUGGUUGGCAGAGUGGUUACAGCUGCGGGAGAGGUAGACUUGAGCGGGGAGCUGAAAGCAAGCGUGUCGGGGGCCGGCAGCAAGCGCACGGUGCUGACCUUAACCGGUGGCGGCGAGAUGGUGUUCGCGCUACAGUUUCACCUAGCAUCGGUUUCGCCUCAAAGUCCACAAGAGGCGCAGCAGCCACAGAGAGAAGGAGGCGUGCCGACUUUGUCGAGUGUUUGCGAGGAUGGACACUCUCAGACGAACGACAAGUCUGUGGAGGUUGUACCCAUCGACGCCCGCCUCGAGCACUUCCUUGAGAGCAUCGCUGGGCGGGGUUCAACAGAGGCUGGGAAGUGCCCUGCCAGCAGGGUCGACUCUAGUAGGUCUCCGGUGGUUUGCUCUGCUGCUGAACCACCCUCGGUCGGCGUUGCCACGAGAGAUUCUUCCCUUGGAGGCAGGAGGAAAGCACCAGAGGAUGGAGAUCAAUCCUUGCUUCCCGAUCUGAUGGACUGGCUUGGGCGUUCUAAUCCCGAUCCGGCCUUCCUUCGAAUGGCGCUCGAGAAGACCGACAGCUAUUCGUUCCCGCUUGUAGAGGCACCGGAGGUGAUCGCUUGUGCCACGUUUUUUGUUGUCCUCGCACUCACGCUGGAUUACUUUGGCUUUUGCUUGUGCACAGAGGCUGGCAUGGGGGCUUCCCUACCAGUCCCAACCAAGGACAUGGCGAAACUCUGGGCGCGGGUUCGACAGCUACGAGCAUUUCUGCGGACGCAAAAGCAGGAGUACAGGGUGACAGCAGUGGAAGGCAUUCCGAGCGAAGCCGAUGUUGCCAAAGGCGGAGGAGCUCCAAACCGUGAAACUGAAGACAUGCCUGAAGCUCGUGAAGUCUUGCAGGACGAAAAGAAUGACGUCGAGGCGGAAGCGGAAGAGAAGGAGGCUUUAUCGAGCGAUGCACAAGCAGUCGAUCGGGAGGCAGUCCCUUCGACUUUCGAUGACCUGUGUCACCAGAUGGCGGAGAGAGCGAAGUUCUUGCUGGAGUUGUCGCCUUCGACGGUUCAAUCUCCGGGUGCCGCUGCCGAAGGCACGUCGGCUCUCAUGCAGCAUUUGGCGGAGGAGAUAUCGGAUCUUCCAACGCCAUCUCCCGGGAAGUUGCGGUCUCGCCUGCUGCGAUGGCGUUCCGAGGACCGGGGGAACGAGCGAUGGAAAGGGGUAGUUGACGUGCUGCGCGUCCGAAGCCAGGCACUGGCGGCGUUGCUUGGAACUCUAUGCCCGGCUGAACAGGGGGCCAUGUCGGUGGGGACAUCGUCUGCUGUGCAGGAAGCGCUUGUGUUCCUGCGACCAGCUUUCCAAGGGCUGCGAGUCAAGCGGGACAAGGAAGGAAAGGAGGUGGAGAUAACCAGCGAUGCGCGCGACACUCGGCAUCACUACCUCAAGGGGCUCGAAGGGUGCUCCGCGGGUUUGCUGGCACGAGUGCAGGGUGCUUUUGAAGACCUCUAUGGACAGCUGAGAACGUUGCUCGAUCAUAGCAUUCGCACGGGACAGAAGUCCGGGAUUCUUCCCACUCUCCAGGCGAUGGUGACUCUCACGAACACGGCGUCACUGGCCAGCUCUAGCCUUGACAGCCUCAACGAUACAUCUCGCGGGCCGCAAAAGGAAACAACGGAUUCGAAAACCUCGGUGACGGCGCUCCAGAGCUGGACCCCUUGGUCGCUGGAGACCGUAAGGAGUGGCUUCUUGCAGGUGGGACGCGAUAAGGGCAUGAAACUGAAUGCCCUACCCUCCGGGUUCCUCGAAGCGGCUGGCUUGCACGGGUCUGCGUCCGAUAUCUUGGGGCGACACUCUAUGGCGGCUCUCCUGCGGAGGUACAGUGCACUGUUGCGCGUUCAUCUCGAGCAUGCUGAAGCGAGGGUGACGAAGAUGGACCAGGAAGCGGCGUCGAGGCGAAAGCGCUUAGAGGAACUCGGGCGUGAACGCGUGACUCAGAUGGUGGCCCGCGGGGUCCCGGUCCUCGAUGAGCGUGAAGGCAACAAGUCCCCUGAAGUGCAGCUGACGGCGCUGUGUUCGUGGGCGACGGUGCCGGCAGUGGCAUCCGUAGCUUGUACCUUCGCCCGGGGCGUUACGUAUGCCUGUACGCCGGCUGGGGCAGCACUUCCCGGUGUUGCGCCAUCUUCAAACAGCGGCAACUACUUUGAGGUGACGGUGAUGAACCCAGGCGAAAAGACUACCAUCGGCAUUGGCCUGGCCGACCCCGAUGUGUUUCCGGCCACCAAGCAGAUGCCCGGGUGGGUCGACCACUCGUACGGUUACCAUGGAGACGACGGGCGGUUGUUCGGGCGGGCGAAAACAGAUAGCAUCUGGCCAACCUGGGUGGACGGUGACGUCAUCGGCUGCGGGUUCGAUCCAGUUCGAGGCAGCAUAUGGUAUACUCGAAAUGGCGAGCUGCUAGGGGAUGGAUUCGUUCCAGUUUACGAAUCUAACUUGGUCCCGGUGGUAGGGUUUCACAGCAACGGUGAAAGCGUCCGCAUCAACUUCGGGGUGGUGCCGUUCGCGUACGAGGGUCCUGAGGUAGUCAUAUCUCCGGCAGUGCUUGCCGAACGCAAACUGUUGCAGCGGGAAGCACAGGAUCUCAGUCCCGCAGAGGAAAAGGAAAAUAAUGUCGACGACGGCGACCAGACCGCCGACGAAGAGAAGACUGAAGGCGCACUAGCAGAAGAGAAAGAACGAAGCCAAAUGGAUGAUGGCACGGCCCCGUGUGAGAGGCACCUCAGGGAGCAAGCCGAAGCUGGUCCAAUAGAUCAUGCGCAAAAGGAGAUCACGCCACAGAUGAUGGUUCCGUCGAUGAGAGUGUUGCAAAGAGGUGCUUCUAGCUUACUGCGCUUCCUGGUGGCGGUGAGCAUGCGACAGGCCCCCCUGGCGUCUUCGGCGAGGCCGGAAGAGGUGGGUCUGCAAGCCUCUGGCAACGAGGAACCUAGGCAACCCGAGGACACACGUCAGAUAGGGAGAGGAGGGCAGGAGCGGUCGAGCCCCAACGUAGACGGUGGAACGGCGGCGGCGGCGGCUUUGCCGCCCACGAGGGAGCGGUCAAUGUACGGCACUCCUUUGAAGCAAAUGCAGACGCACGUGGACAAUCUCCACCAGGACGUUUUCGACCUCAUCUUUCGUGAGCUUCGUCUGGGAGCUCUGAGCCUUGAGCACAUCGUCAGCACGUCGAGCCGCAUGGAAGCUAGAGAGUUGGCGAAUCAGAACGUCAUGGCGUUCGACGGCGACGCGAAGGCACCCUCUGUUGGCAAGCCGCUUGCGGUAGGACGAGCAGUCAAGCCGGAAAUGCAGCGUAGCUACAGCCAUGGGCACACCCAGGCCGCCGCUGGCAGGUGGAACGGCAGCAUCGCAUGGAAGGGUUUGGGCGGGACAGCUGGUUUCGGACGCGAAAGAGAGGACGCUUCAGCCCAAACCCUUGGCUUGUUGGCGCUGGAGGUCGGAGAAGUGGAGCCCCACAUGUUCAGGCAACUGGCUCUGUUGUGCUCCGUUCGCCAGUACGCCAUUGCUCGAACACAGCUGGCGCACCCGUCAGCGCUUCGAUCUAUUUUUUCGUUGCUCAAGGUUGGAUCGCCUCGAAUUCAAAGUGCUGGAGGGGGCGUAGCCAAACAGCGGUCGCUACCAGCAGGAAUGCACGUGGGGAAUGACUCGGCGAAGGACCUGAGCAGCAGGGGGCAAGGUUGGCUCGCUCCCGGCUGCAACCACGGUUUUGGCGGUGGCACUCUUGAUGUAUGUCUAGCGGAGCAGUGCAGCUCGCUCCUUCGAGAGUUGUACAAGGAGCCUGCCUGGAAGGAGCGUAUCGCGCGGAAGCUGUUGCUAAGCAUUCGAACGGCAGCAUCUAGCAUCCGCACAUCAUCUGCAAACCCGGACGUGGAUGGGCCCCGCACGGACUCCCCGUGUUAUUCUCCCACGGGGCAAGCGUUAUCGGACGUCAUAUCGGACGCGGUGGCCGCGCUGGCGAUCAUCGCUGGUGGCUCCGGUGUCUUGUACCCCGGAGCCAAAGUUCAGUCCAAGUCUGGCGUGCGUGGGACUGUGGUGCUGUUUUCGGCGGGUGAUGCAGAAGCUGGAGUUGUGUUCGAUGGCGAGAAUGUGGAGAAUUGCGAGAAGGUCCUGGUUCGAGAUCUCGAAACUGCAGGAGUAGGCUUUUGUGCCGACCCAGACACCCCGGCGCAACCUGUUGUGGCGCAGCUUCUUUCCCUGCUCGCUGCCCUGCUUCACUCGAACGAGGUGUCUCAAGCGUUAAAAAUUGUCGACGCCCGUGCCAUGGUGUGGUUGAGGGUGCUGUCACAAUGCCUGAUGGCCGUUCUGCAGCUAUCUGUGCAAUGCAGUGACGCCUUGGUUGCGGCAUGUCGAGAGGGCGAUGUGGUCGCCAACGUUCUACCCCAUUUGCUCGAGGUGGCGGUGUGCCCUGUUCAACUUCCCGCCCUCAUCACGGCACAGGAUUUCGAAGGGCGAUGGCGUUCGGCGCAAACCAGGAUGCUUUCGGCCCUGCGCCUGGGACAUGGCGGUCUUCGCACACUGCGGCCCAUCCAGCGACAUCCACUGCCACCGCCUCCUGAAGCGCCCACCACGAGCGUGGAGAGCCGCGACAAAGCGAUUGCACCGACGGGGCGCCCUGCCCAUUCCCCCGCGGAUGGUCGGGAUGCGUUGUCCGCCGAGGAGUCGAGAGAAGAGGCCCUGUUGCACCCGCGUCGACAGAUCGAGUACAGCGACCCUAUCCUGGAAGUGGCGCGAUCGGCUCGAAGUGGUGGACGGGGUCGGCUUAUGACUCUGGGGGACCCAAGCCCGCAUAGAGGAUGGGGGCGGGGCUGGGGGUCCGGUAUGUCCGGCAGGCGUAUGGUGGGGGUGCGCGGGGCUCUGGACUGGGCAGGGCGAGUGACGAGGGAUGAGGACGAUUCACGGCGCGAGGGAAGCCGUCGACGGCUGAUGAGGAGCGACUUGAGCCACCGAAUGGCUGCCCGAGGUAGACGUGCAGCAUCCGCAGAGUCCCGGUUAGACACUCGAAGGGCCGCCGCGAGGGGUUUGCUCGACUACGACGGCUUGGAAGGCUUUGCGGAGUAUAGGGAGGACGAGUCGGGCGCGUUUUUGGUAGAGUUCAACGACGGCGCCGAUGGCGAAGAGACGGAAGGAAGAGAGGCCCCCGGCCUCGAAGGGGGCAGCGCUGCAAGCGCAGACAGUGGCGAUACUAGCCAGGAUGGAGACGAAACGCACGCGGUGGGGUCGAGACCAACACCAGGAUCUGCGGGUUUCUCUAUCACUCACCUGCUCGAGUUCGGCACUGAGGCUCGCGCAGAGAGACAUGAGCUCAGUGCCCAUUUGUCCUCGGAAGUCGGAGUCCCUGGCGAAAUGGCCCUGUCCGCUCUAGAAGCGUUUGGUGCGGAUACCGACAAAGCCCGCAUGUGGCUGCAGAAUUCGCAGCACCCCGCACAGCUGACUGGCAGUGAGGGCAAGGUGUCGGCAAAGUCAUCCUCUCUUCCUUCAGGGGCUAGUGAGAACGGUACUUUCGGGGCAUCAGACACGACGACCGAGGACAACAUUGUCAGCGGCCUCAUUGGGGCGGAUGAAUCAGGGCCUCCAAGGGGUGGUGGUGAAGCGGCAAGCGUCCCGUCAGCUGACGAAGGGCUCAACCUAUGGGAGUCGGAAGGAGGAGUCCAAGAGGCAACAACGCCUUGUGAUAUGAUAUCAAUGCAGUGCGCUGGUCUCCUUUGCGAGCAUGAUCUUGUGCCUGUCUUGGGCCUGCCCCGCCCACCGACCGAGAUUGGGGGCACAACAGGUACUGCUGUGACGACCAGUAGCCUGGUGAGAGAGGUAGAUCUCCUUGAGCCUGGCAGUUUGCUAAUGGUGACGGCGGGUGAGGGCUAUGCUCCUGACAAGUCGUGCCCUUGCGUGACCGUCGCAAGUGAAAUGGACUUUUCGGUGGGGUCGGGACGAACGGGUGGGGUUACUCGGGACAAGGCCAGCGCAGGCGACAUGGACGCUCGCCGUGGGGGCGAAUGCCGUGCGGAAGGAGCAAGUGUCACUAGGCCCUCUAAGAGUAAGACUGUUGAAGCCAAUGGGUGGUCGCCUCCACAAGCGGCGAAUGCUUCCGUGGUGGACAACGAUGAAGUGCUGGUGGAGAUGAUGGACACUGAAACGGGGCUGUGCCUCGGGAAACGGGUACCCGUAGGGGACCUGAGACAUUCCACUUCUUUUUUCGGACGGGAGCUGGACAGCGGAGGGAAUACUGUGAAACAGUUACUGGGCGAUACAGACAAGGCCCUCGCUACGCUUCGAGCGAGAAGCCUUUUGGUGCGUCUUAUCCAGAGCAUCCCUACACCAGCAGUUUCAGCAGCGGGUGGGCCGCAUGGGCUCCUCAACAUCACGCGCCUGCUUGCCGCUCAAGACUUGGCGAAAGGCAAGGCUCCAGCGUCAUUCGGAAGCGUGUCUGAUGACGGUGGGAAUGACGCUGACCAAGCGUCGAUGGGGUCAGUCGCUGGUGACCAAGACGGCGACCCCGUGCUGCCGCGACGCUCCAGCAAGCUUGUAUACAAGCGGCCAUCAGAUCAGGGUUCCUUGCUAAAGGUCAUGAUCAGCGGGGGCUGGCCUCCCCGUGCAAACUCCGAAACCCACGGCUCGCCACCGACAGGGAAAACGACGAAGAAUGAGAGUGGUGGUGCAGCAGCAAUUGAGGAGGGGGCACUUGCAACAGAGAGCAUCACCCACGAAUCUCUCCACCCGCUAUGUACACCCUUGUCGUACGGAGGGCACAUCAAAGUGGACCCACAGUGUCUGGGCAUGGUCAUCAAGCUAGACUCCCGCAGCCGUACUCCAUCUGACCUCGUCCGUCUUCGAUUCUUCUCGUCGAAGGAAGACAUGCUCAACGAGCGCGACCCAAUCCGUGUCAUGUACGGACACGCGGUGGAGCGUGCAGCUCGCGCGAAGGCGAAGGGAAUGGAGUUCUUCAAGAUCGAGGAGGCAGACAGCACCUGUUAUGAGCCGGCCUCUCCUAGCGCAAAGGAGCUGCUGUCUUUGAGCGCUUUGGCUCGUCUCACGCCUCCGCUGCCACCGCCGCUGCCGUUGCAACUGCCGCCACAGCAACUGCCAACGCCGCCGCCGCCGGUGCCGCCUGCCUCGGUACCACAGCAUGAGCGAGCAUCUAGCAUCGGUCCUGACAGCUCGCCUGGACCGUCUGGUUCUUCCCGGCGGCAUGUGCUCACAUCCCGAGCCAUGACGAGAGCGAUGUGUGAGGCACACAGCCAGAUGAUGGUUAGGCGGAAGACGCCGUCGAAGGGAACUCCCGCGCCAACUAACCUAGGGAGUUCGUUCCGGUCGUUCGCGCUGCCGGGGGUUCAUGAGCUAUGGUUCCGCUUCGACGCUCCUCCCGGGGCCGAGAAGCCACUCAUCCAGGUCGCAUCUAUGUUUGGGUCACUCGCCCCUGCCACACCAGGCGUGGUGAGAGCUAGCGCGAGUCCCGACACCCCCAGCACAGCCGCAGCCACAGCCACAGCCGCAGCCCCAGCCGCAUGCUGUGGCCGCGACGAACACUUGAGCCAGGAAGAACUGGGACUACAGACGCUUUUUACUUGUGUAGGGGAGGAACAGGAACGUGGUGAUGGCUCGUCUUCUCCAGCCCACGUUAAGGAUGGCUCAAGGUCGAGCGAGUCUCGAAGGCAAGGCACUGCGGAACUACCCGGGUGUCUCGCGACGGCUGCCGACAUGUGCCUUACCAGUGGCAGGUGGUUUUACGAAGCCACCGUCGGGUCUUUGGUCGGAUCUACGCCCGACGGGGAUGACGCGGACGACGGCCUUGUUCGCGUCGGUUGGGCUCACGUGGAUCUACCCGUGUCGCUCCGAGCCGGGGAUGUCUGGGAGGUGGGUAAUUCGAGCUCGGUGGGGAAACCUAGCGACAUGGGAAUGGAAGGUGUCAUGGAAGCCCGCGCUUCUUCCGAAGCUCUGGAGGGAGCGGGGCAGGUGCAAAGUCCAACUCAAGUACAGGCUGGAGGACAUGUGCCGAGUCCACUGAUGCGCACGGUUUCGUGGCUCAGUGAAUCAGUGGAAAGCUCACUUUCGGCACCGGAGGACGAAUCCAAGCGCUCAGACACGCGCGAGGAAGUGCCACGGUCGACCACUGGUAGCCCAGAGGGAGCCUCCGCGUCGUCAGCCACAGCCGACAACGACGAGCGCCUGAGGAAGAAGGCAAAGUGGAAGGGCGUGACGUUCCCGAUUCUUGGUUCGGACGCGAACAACCUUGGAGUAGGGCUCGGACAAGAGGGAGGUGUUUGGCUUGGUGGCCAUCCAAGGGCGCAGAAGGCUGCCGGCUUCUCCUCGUCGGACGUGCUUGGGUGUGCGAUUGAUGUCGAUUCUGGCGCGGUGUGGUUCUCGGUAAAUGGGCGAUGGGCAGGGGGAAACCUCGGUGAGCAAGAGAGUGCGGUCAUGCUGAAAAAGCACGGGUGGGGGCAUGGCGGCGGCCUCAGCAAUGGCAUCACUCCGUGUUUUUCGGUGCGCGGCGAGUCGUAUGUGUCUGUAAACUUCGGAACAAAGCCGUUCAAGUUCCCCCCUCCAGAGCAGGAGUUUUUACCAGUGAUCCUUCGCGACGAGCACGGGGCCGAGCAGGAGAUUGCCGCCCUGACAGGAGCGGCAUCAACACAAACGGGUGACAAGAGAGUCACCUUCGCUCCUGAGGCGAAACUGAGCUCCGCAGCGAGCGGGUCCGUGCCAGAUGAUUGGGGUUUUCGUUUUGUGGUGGACCCUCUGCGCGGGGUUCACUACAGGGUGGUGAGGGACCUGGAACUGAUUUGCCGCUUUAGUGGACGUGCGAGGAGCGGUAAUCCUCGUUCAGCAAACUCGACGUUUGGGCCACAGACGAUAUCUAUCUGGCGGCCCAAGGCACCGCCGGGAUGGUUCAGCGUCGGCGACGUGGCGAGUCGCGGGCUAUCUCCCCCACCGGGAGCCGUCGUUGUCCGGGCGGACGCGACCGGUUGUAUGGUGUCCAAGCCUGCGAAGUUCCGCGUGGUCCAUCAAGACAAAGCGACCGGCUUCGUUGUGUGGAGACCUGUAGCGCGACAAGGGCAGGUAUCUCUCGGAGACUUUGCGUGCGCCAAAAAGGCGAGCAAGGGGAUUAUGGCCGGCGCGGUACGCUGUGUGGCGGCCUGGGCGGUAGAAGCUUGCCCUGUGGUGGAGUGCCUUUGGCGAGAGGAGAAACAGUCCGGUACCCACGCAAUCUGGUCUGCACAGAAUGGUCUCGGGACGUUCUUCGGGUCUCAGACUGGCGGCCGCAUGGGGAAGGAGGUCCCACAAGGGCCACACUCGCGGGUAGAACGGCAGAAGCGCAAGAAGAAGAAGAAAAAGAAGAAGAAAGGGGGCGGCGGGGAGGAAAGCUCGGAGGAAGACGAAGGUGAGCGCAUGAAGCUUCAGCCUGGCGUUGGCAAAGGCUGGGCGCUCAAGGGCGUGUCCGCCUCGUGCAUCACAAACGAAUGGUGUCAGGAGUCGGACGUCAUAUCUGGCCCAGCACCUCAGGGCUCGUCUGUCGUGCCUCCCAUACCGGCCCCAGUACCAUCUCCACCACCUCCUCCACCGUCGUCGGGGGUGACGAGUCCGGUCCAGCUUGAGGAGCGAACAGCUGACGACGACGAAGAGGCAGCCGUGGCAGACAUUGUGGCAGACACGGUUCGCAAGCCGCAACCGUCGGUAUCGUGGGCUUCUUGGCUCCUAUCGUUUCUUCUCGGUCACCCGCCUCUCCGGCGGCUGGCGAUGCGAGGGGCUCUCUUCCGGACCUUGGUGGCCUACCUACGCUCCCCCGGUGCUCCCCACCGGCUGCGCAUGGUACCUCUCUUGACCCUUCUCGUGCGAUCUCACGCAGAGUUCGCAGACAGCCCACCCCCACUCGAGGAGCUUUCUGGGCUCCUGGCUGCGGUAUUGCGGGAGUGCGAUAGGUUGACAUACGGUCGAGGCCCUCGGAGUGCCGCGUGGAGAUCAGGCGACUGCCCCGGCGGGGUGCAGCUAGAGACGAGCUGGGCAAACGAGGGUCUGCUGCUUCUGACGGACCUCGCGAUAGCAACGCGGCAGGCGCAGGAUGCCAUCACGCAGCGCUCUUUGACGCAACUUCCUCCUUCGGAGACGGAAGGAAAGGAGUGCUUGGAGACAACAACGCCGACGCCAGAGCACGUAGAUGCUGUUGUUGUCGCGGGCGAAGACGGCCCGAAGAAGGAGGAGGAGGAGGAGGAGGAGGAGAAGGAGGAGGAGAAGGAGGAGGAAAGUGGUAUAAGAAUAUCUCUCCCACCCUUCGGGACUCGCCCCGAAGAGGGCCCGGUGGAAGAAGCAGGUCAGGACGAGGCGGAGGAGGUGGGGAGUACAGAACGGGAUCUCGGUGAUCGGAUACUGGUCAGCGCAAGAUCUCUAGGUGCGGAAGACCGGGCGCGACUGGAGGUGGAUCUGCGAAACUCUGUCUUGCCCGACCUGACAACUUUCGCACCACCUGUCGCGGCGGGUACUUCGGCACCUGUCGACCCUUCGCUGCAGGGCGCAGAAGCGACUGCAGAAACACCGUCUCGUUGCUUGCAACACCUGCUCGAGAUCAUGGACACCUUACGCGCUCUUCGCGACGGCUGGCCUUCCUCACCGGACGUGGCGGCCACGUCUGGUGGAGUUGGAGCGGGAGACGGGCCCCUUCAUCUGGAUGCUAUCUUGUGCGAGGCCUGGAUGGAUGCCGUGGGCCCUGCGGUUGUCGUGGAAUCGGACCAUCCAUUUCGAAAGGGGACGUACUCUGAGACGCUGCACCUGCCCGGGGCAGAGGAGAUGGUCGUUUUUCUAGACCCGCGCAGCUCCAUGCAAGAGGGCACGGCAAGUCUUGUGCUGGAGGGCAAGGACAACAUGAUCUCCCUUACCGGACAGCAGGAAGCCCCUUGGGGUGACGUCAUCAUAUUUCGUGGCGAUUCGAUCACUUACCGCUUUCUGGCUCAAGCUGAUGGAGAGGCUGCAGUUGCGAACUCUUUGGUGACGGGCGAUCCGGAGGUAGACGACUGGGGAUUCCGUUUCACGGUGAGGGAGGGCUGCCUGCAACCUCGCAAGCUGGCUUAG